UUCCUUCUUCCUUUUCUGAACCCUAUUUCACGUUCAGCCGCCUUCAAUAUUUCAAGCCAGUGCAGCCCGUUCUGUCGCACCCCCGACGAAUUCGCCGCCGCUAAUUCUCCAGAUCCCGAAGAUUUUUUUGAACCUUCAAUCUCUUGCAAUCCCAGUCAUCUCAGCUUCUCCCAAUCAAUCGUAGUCUCAAGCCUCAAUACGGCCUCCUCUGUUCCGCCUUCUCUCCCUCCCCUUAAUCUCACUCACUCCGCCUACUUCAAGGUGAGCAGGAACUAUAAUGGAGGCCAAGUUUUUUCGGUUCCUGAAGAUUGUGGGAGUUGGUUACAAAGCCAGAGCAGAAGCAGCAGGACGUCUCUUGUAUCUUAAACUGGGAUACAGCCACGAAGUUGAACUAACCGUUCCACCAGCUGUUCGUGUCUUUUGCUUCAAAAACAAUGUGGUUUGCUGCACGGGUAUUGACAAACAAAGGGUGCACCAAUUUGCUGCUGCAGUUCGUAGCUGUAAGCCGCCAGAAGUAUACAAAGGCAAGGGCAUAAUGUAUAUCGACGAGGUCAUAAAAAAGAAACAAGGAAAGAAGUCUAAAUAGAUGCCGGGAACGAAAAAAUGCCUCGCAUCCAUCUUUAUUCAGACACAGAGUGCCUCAGUUAAGAAUAAUUGGGUUUAUUGUAUGCAUACCUUUAGAGCAUUCCAUAGAUUAAGCCAUGUGACUGAAAUUUGGUUGCUACAAUGCCUAUUCUUGAAAUGUUAUCCCAUUGAUCCAAUAUGUUGGAGUUGGCAAAUCAUGCAGGAAAGAAGCAUAUUAGAGUUGAGGGUUAACUCUUGCCUGUGUUUUGAGUUGUAAUGAUCAUUUUCCAUGUUCAAUAUCUACCCAUAUUUUCUUGUUAACAAA